ACUGUGAGUUCCGUGAAUGUUUAAGAACAUUUUGGAUACUUUGUUGUUGUUUUUUUUUUAAACGAAUCGGAUUUCUAAAUAAGUAAAACGUCUCGCUUUGUUGUCUCGUGCGGAUUCGUUCAUUAUGUCGGAAUCGAAUCGUCGGGGUACAGCUUACACCAUUGACAACAUACUCGGACAUACAGACAGACAAACAGAUCGUGUGGAGUUAAAAAGCGAAAGUGGCGGUCACUCGGAUUCUGAACAUGAGCAUGAUCAUGAGCACGAGCACGAGCAUGCCGACCACACCGAGCACAGUGAGCAUAGUGACCAUGCUCACGCUGACCACUCCGAUCACUUGGAAGCACUGGACACUGGAAGACCACGCAAGGUGCGCCGCAGCCGAACAACGUUCACUACCUACCAGCUGCACGAGCUGGAGAGGGCGUUCGACAAGACGCAGUAUCCCGAUGUCUUCACUAGAGAGGAGUUGGCUAUGAGGCUCGAUUUGAGCGAAGCAAGAGUACAGGUGUGGUUUCAGAACAGAAGGGCAAAAUGGCGUAAACGGGAAAAAGCUCUGGGCCGAGACCACGCUCCCUUCAUGCAUCACGACCACGUGGUUGGCGAAUGGGGUGGUGGUGGUCCACCCCCCGGCGAGUGGUGGGCUUUGGGGCUCGGUGCCGGAUUGGGAGCACUCGGUGUGCCAGCGCCACUCUGGCACGACGCUGAGCCGGCUGCAGCGUUUAGGGCACUCCUGCACAGGUAUGUGCUAGCACUGCCCCCGCCGGCUCUCCGCCCGCCAGAGCCAGAGCCACCGGCGCCUGCGUCGCCUCCCUCCCCGCCAUCACCUUCCUCGUCCCUCGCACGUCUGGCCAGUGCGGAAGCUCUCCGCUUACGGGCCCACGACGCCCUGAUGCAAGAACGAGUGGUACUCCAUAACAAUGGCAAAGUUCACACGUAA